GAAUUAUUCGUGAUUCGCGACAUUCGCGUCCGUUUACGGUCGUUUUUGCCGGGGAGCUGAGUUUCAAUGUUUAGCACAAAAUAAGAAGAACAGUAAAGAUCGCGUACACAUAUUGACUUAUGUACACGUAUUUUACAUCUUGAUGUAGACACCUGCUUGGCACACUUUCAUUCGGCAUCAUGGACACCAAAACCUUACCAAGCCUCUUAAGUUUGAAGGUGGCUCCUCCGUCAGAACUUCAAAAUCAGAAUGUUGACAAUGGAGUUGGAGAUGGAGAUAGCGGCUCCGUCAAACUACCAGCUGCUCUGGAGCAAGCGCUGGCAUUUAAAACCGAGAGAGCCAAGGAAGUAGGUGGAGAUCCGAACGAUGUUGUUGCUGGAAGUAAAUCACCCAAGGACGACAGUGAGGAUGUCCCUCAGAUCGACGAUGUUAUAACUGAACUGGAACCAGCCACGGAGAAAGUAGAAUCCAAGUCAAACAAGACAAAAAAGAAGAAGAGAUCAAAGAGGAAGAGGCACAAUACAGAGAGGAAGGACGCUGAGAAGAAGGAUGGCGCAGAGGAAGCCAAGUCUAAGGACAUGCCGGAGAUAGAGUACAUACAGGAGAUACCGAGCAUAAACGACCUGGAACCUAUGUACCGUCAAUUCGUCAGAGUCUUUGAGGCAUUUAAGCUGGUGGAGCCGGAACCGAGUCCGAACGACGCGGCCGACAAGGGUGAACCUAUCGGACAGUAUCCACCAGUGACAAGUAUACAGACCGCCGGAAGCGUUCCGAGCAAGGUGCCGAUGUUGGACGACUUUGACGACGAGGUGAAUCAACAGCAGCAGCAGCAGGGCACCGGGGAGAACGGUGCGCCGCGUCUGUCCAAGCGCAAGCUGAAAAGACUGACGCGACUGAGCGUGGCGGAGCUGAAGCAGCUAGUAGGUCGUCCGGAUGUCGUGGAGAUGCAUGACGUUACCGCGCGAGAUCCGAAGCUGCUCGUGCAGUUGAAGGCUCACCGGAACACGGUACCGGUGCCAAGGCAUUGGUGCUUCAAGCGCAAGUACCUUCAAGGUAAGCGGGGCAUAGAGAAACCGCCGUUUGACCUGCCGGACUUCAUAAAGCGCACCGGCAUUACGGAGAUGCGGGCGAGCCUGCAGGAGCGUGACGACACGCGCACGCUGAAGGCGAAGAUGCGGGAGCGAGCGCGACCGAAAUUGGGCAAGAUCGACAUCGACUAUCAGAAAUUGCACGACGCGUUCUUCAAGUGGCAGACGAAGCCGCGCAUGACGAUUCACGGCGAUCUCUAUUACGAGGGCAAGGAGUUUGAGACGCGCCUGAAGGAGAAGAAACCCGGCGAGCUGUCAGACGAGCUGCGUACAGCGUUGGGCAUGCCAGUGGGACCGAAUUGUCAAAAAGUACCGCCGCCGUGGCUCAUAGCCAUGCAACGUUACGGCCCGCCGCCGAGUUACCCAAAUCUCAAAAUACCCGGUCUGAACGCACCUAUUCCAGAGGGCUGCGCGUUUGGCUAUCACGCGGGUGGCUGGGGAAAGCCGCCGGUAGAUGAAACGGGAAGGCCACUGUAUGGAGACGUAUUCGGUAUAACGCGCACAUCCGGCGCGGACGCGCUGGACGAGGAGAUAGACCGGGGGAUGUGGGGCGAGCCCGAGUCGGAGUCCUCGGGCGACGAAGACGAGGACGAGGACGCGGAGGAAGGUGGCGAGGGUGGCGAGGGCGAAGGAAAGGACGGAGACGGUGACGCCAGCGGAUUAGUCACGCCCGGUGCCGAGGGUCUGAUCACGCCAAGUGGCAUCACGUCGAUCCCGGCGGGCUUGGAGACCCCGGAGACCAUCGAACUGAGAAAGAAGAAGAUCGAGAGCGAGAUGGAAGGCGGUGACACACCCGCGCUCUACACGGUGCUGCAGGAACGACGUACGGAGGGUCUUGGUGCUAGCAUGAUGGGCAGCACCCACGUGUACGAUAUGACAGGUGCGGCAGGUGGUCAGGCACCGCCAUCCGUGAUCGCUGCACGUCGCGGUGCCAUCAGCGGCAGCGCGAGUGACGCCCGAGCAGAGAAGGACGGUGCGGUUGAGUUGACCCUGGAUCCUAGCGAGUUAGAUCUUGAUUCCGAAGCAAUGGCAUCCAGAUAUGAGGAAACUAUGAGAUCGAGACAAGCGCAUCUCAGAAGGGAAGACUUAUCGGACAUGCUACAGGAUCAUGUACAACGACAAAAGACCAAACGCAAACGCCAGCAAAUCCAGGAUACAAAGACAUCUAAAAAAUAUAAAGAGUUCAAAUUUUAAAUGUAUUAUUUCUCUAAUUAUAUGUAUUGUAUUAUAGAAAUUAAAUUGAGUCAUAUGAAAAAAA